UUUGAUCCUGCAGGAUAUGCACUAGACCCUUCCAUAGACAAUUAUGAAGUGUCUACUAAAUAUAUUGGAUCUGUAGAAGAAGCAGAAAAAAAUCAAGGUUUAACAGUGUUUGAAACAGGACAAAAGAAAACAGAGAAAAGGAAAAAAUUCAAAGAGAAUGAUGCAUCUAAUAUAGAUGGCUUCUUGGGACCUUGGGCAAAAUAUGUUGACGAAAAGGAGGUUGCAAAACCUUCUGAAGAAGAACAGAGGGAACUGGAUGAAAUAACUGCAAAAAGGCAGAAGAAAGGCAAACAUGAAGAUGAUAAACCUGGAGAAGAAAAGACAGUUUUGCAUGUCAAAGAAAUGUAUGACUAUCAAGGGAGGUCUUACCUUCAUGUUCCUCAGGAUGUUGGUGUUAACCUACGUUCAACAGUACCCCCUGAAAAAUGUUACCUUCCUAAGAAACAAAUCCAUGUAUGGUCAGGUCAUACAAAGGGAGUCAGUGCCGUCAGGCUGUUUCCUCUUUCUGGCCAUCUGCUCUUAUCUUGUUCCAUGGACUGUAAAAUUAAGGAAAAUGGCUUGCCUGUCAAUCAAUGGACAAUCAGAUUUUGAUUUUUGGAGCUCAAAACAGAUUUAGGCUAAACAAAAAGAAAAUCUUCAAAGGUCAUAUGGUGGCAGGUUACGCUUGCCAAGUAGAUUUUUCACCUGAUAUGAGCUAUGUGACCUCAGGUGAUGCAGAUGGAAAGUUAAAUAUCUGGGACUGGAAGACAACAAAACUCUACAGUAGAUUAAAAGCCCAUGACAAAGUCUGCAUUGGGGCAGUGUGGCACCCACAUGAAACAUCCAAAGUGAUCACUUGUGGAUGGGAUGGCCUCAUUAAACUGUGGGACUGAAGGCUGAACUAUAGACGUUUUUCUCUCUAAUCAGACAAUUAAUAUAUGAUACUUCAGGAUCCAUAUGCUACAACAAAUAAGGUCUGAAAUAAGGACAUUGAUAUGGCUGAUUCAAGUACUUCAGUAUUAGAAUGUGCACCGAGCACAUUGGAAAAAAUCAGACAUUUGAAAUUUUGCCAUAUUGCAAAUCACUGCACAAAUUGACUAAAUAUGCUAGUCCUUCCAGCUAUUAAAACAAUUAAAAUGGAGAGAUGUUCCUACAACUUUUUUUGUGAAUCUGAAGCAUCACAAGCUUCACUCUGCUUUCCAAAUGCACAAUUUCGAAGGGAAAUAUUUUCACAUUACCAUAAUAUUAAUGUAUUAGGAAGGUUUUUCUUAACCUGUUGGGAAUCAUAACACAGUUGCUAAAUACAAUAGGAUAUUGUUUCCAUGUAUAUUUUAUAGCAAUUGCUACCCAAUUUUGGCAGGGGGAUUAGAUAAAAAGUGUUAGUCAUAUGGAAAUAUCUAAAGGUGUAGAUAAAUUGCAGCUCCAGUCUUUCAGCAUAGAUACCGAACCCACCCAGAUGCAGAGCAUCUGUCUGAUUGUAUCUGAGGAACCCCUUUUCAUAAUCCCAUAGAAGAAAAUGUUGUGUUUGCCGAUGCAUUAGUUUCAAAUACAUGGUCAGACAUUUUAUCUAUAUUGAUCAUUACUUCUUUUCUGUUUUGUUCUGUUCUGUUCUGUUCUGAUUUGUAUCAUUUAAUCCUGAUAAGAAGUCAGACUAUCGUUCUCAUUCAAGGUUUUAAAUUUUAUAAUACAGAAAUUCAAAGAACACAGUACAAGUAUAUAAAAUGUUUAAGAAGUACUUUACCAAAUGUUAUUCCAGGCAUUUUAUCAGAAACCCAGUCAGUCAAUGGAAUUAGUGCAAUGGCAGCCAUUAGCGACAGAUUCCAAUUACAGUCUUGUAAAUAGGCUUUUUAAUAUGUUUAUUAUUUUUGUUUGUUUAUUUUACAAAACAUGUUUCUUUUGUGCUCAACUACUGUACAGAUAUCUUGAUUCUUAUUUUUUACAAACUUAUUUUUAAUAAAUGCUUUAUAUAAAAAUGCAGAUUUUAACUUGGCACACCAUCUGAAGCAUUGUGCAUUUUAAAAUGUUUAUUUGGUAUAGAUAUAAUUGAGGCAUGAAUCGGUUUUACCUGAACUUAUGGUAUUGGAAGCUUAUGAAAGAACAACUUUUGGUAGUGCACAUCUUUGGUAUCAAAAGUAGAGUGUAUGGCAGGUAUAUGUUGUUUCACAUUAGACUUGUGUGCAGUGCUGCCAUUCAGUAGGCAGAAUGCAUCUAUCUAAACGAUGAACUCUUCACAACUUGUCUACACAUAUUCUGUGUGUGUACUUUCCCAAAUAUCAUAUCUCCAAAUUUGUUUUGGAGAGAAAGGAUUCUUUCAUUGCUUCAUGUUGAGUAUGGAUAGAAAAUAGAGCAAGUGGCAUAAACUGGUUGUAUGAACUAUGAAAGUAUCCUGAUCACUGCAUGUGCAUUUAUCUGAAAGUAACUAUGUACAAGUUUCUCAAAUACCAUCAAAUAGCAUCAGGCCUACUACAGAACGAUGGGUGUGGUAAUAGAGUGGCUUGGGAAACAGUAUUAGCUUUCUCACGAAUUUCACUUUGUAUUCAAAAAACACUAUGAAUGCUCUUGUUUUUUUACAUAUUUAUAUCAAGGAGUUAAUAAUUGUAUUUCUUGUAUAAUUGAUGUAUCAUUAUUCUUCUGUCCACAAGUCAAGUUUGUAUGCAAGGGAAAAUAUAUUUAAUAGUGAAAAGGGCAGAAAAUAGCCAAAAUUAAACUUUUACUGCAAUCUGGCUCACAUAUAAAAA